ACGUUAUCUCAUCUCGUCAGGAUUUCCGCAUCGCCAUAUUGGUUCGGUUACAUCAGUACAGCUACCUGAAGACUUCGUGUGAGGGCCAUCAUCACCACCACCAUGGAAAUGACUCUCUGACCGCGGUGAAACCGACCUUUGGAACUCUAGGUACGGUUGUGACUUUCAGUAGCAGGAAGGCAUCCUGAGACCAUGUUGGCACGUCUGUUCAGGCUCCAUGGCCUGCUGGUGGCCUCCCACCCCUGGGAGGUCAUAGUGGGGACCCUGGCUCUCACCGUCUGCCUCGUGUCUAUGAACAACCUCUCAGCCAGCAACCAGAUAUGCAGCUGGAAUGACUGUCCCAAAGUUGAGGAGAAAGUCCACAGCAGUGACAUUAUCAUUCUGACAGUCACACGCUGCAUGGCCAUCGUUUAUAUCUAUUUCCAGUUCAAGAAUCUCCGACAACUGGGAUCCAAAUAUAUACUGGGUAUUGCUGGAUUAUUUACAGUGUUUUCCAGCUUUGUUUUCAGUACUGUGGUUAUCCACUUCUUUGGGAAAGAGCUGACAGGCCUGAACGAAGCCCUACCGUUCUUUCUCCUGCUUAUCGACCUGUCCAAAGCCUGUACAUUAGCAAAAUUUGCUCUCAGCUCGAACUCUCAGGAGGAGGUGAGGGAGAACAUUUCAGAGGGCAUGGCCAUCCUGGGCCCCACGUUCACCCUUGAUGCGCUGGUCGAGUGUCUGGUUAUAGGAAUUGGAACCAUGUCAGGUGUGCCACAGUUAGAGAUCAUGUGCUGUUUUGGCUGUAUGUCUGUUCUGGCCAAUUACUUCGUCUUCAUGACGUUCUUCCCUGCAUGUGUCUCCCUGGUCCUGGAGCUGUCAAGGGAAAGUCGUGAGGGCCGUCCCAUCUGGCAGCUGAGCCAAUUUGCCCAUGUGCUGGCUGAAGAGGAGGAUAACAAGCCCAACCCUGUGACCCAAAGGGUGAAAAUCAUUAUGUCUCUGGGCUUAGCCUUGGUUCAUGCACACACUCGACUAAUUGCCGAGCACUCGGGUCAGAAUCGCACAGAAGAAUUACCCAUAGUAGAGAGGCUGGACCCUGCUGGUACCCAGUGGCCUGUACAGCUCAGCAGCAUAGACCUGGAGCAGGUGAUAACCCUUGGCCUUGCUCUGCUUCUAGCUGUGAAAUAUGUCUUCUUUGAGCAAGCAGAGACGGAGUCUUCGCUGUCCCUCAAGAGUCCCAUUAUUAGCUCCCCUCCAACCCAGAAGCAAUGGCUGGCAGAGGACUGCUGCAGGAGAGACCUCCCAGCCCCAAAACCCCAGAAGACCUCAAAUGGUAUCUUGGCAACCAGCCCUACCUUCUUACCUGUCUCCGACUAUAAACUUUCCCCUGAGGUUGACAUGGCAGUCAGACAGAACGAAGUGACUCAGCCUUCAGCAGCCAGUGUUUCAUGUUCUGGGGAGUCCCUCGCUCAGACAUCUUGUCCUCCUCAAAGUGUUUCAGAGUCCCGAUCACUGGAGGAGUGUAUGGCCAUCCUCUCAGAUCCUCAGGGAGGUGCUCAUUUACUCAGCGAUGCAGAGGUGAAGAACCUCGUAACCUCACGUAAAAUCCUGAACUACAAACUAGAAGCUGUCCUUGAGACUCCAGAGAGGGGCGUGGCCAUCAGGAGACAAAUGUUAUCAUCCAAACUUCCCAUCCCCACUGCCUUGGCUAGUCUACCUUAUAAGGACUACGACUACUCAAAGGUGAUGGGUAAUUGCUGCGAGAACGUCAUCGGCUACAUGCCAGUGCCAGUAGGUGUGGCUGGUCCUCUUUUGUUGGACGAGAAGCAGUUUUACAUUCCCAUGGCGACCACAGAGGGCUGUCUGAUCGCUAGCACUAACAGAGGAUGCAGAGCGCUUUCUCUGAGCGGGGGCUGCAGCAGCAAGAUCCUGGCUGACAGAAUGACCAGGGGUCCUGUGGUGAGGCUGCCCUCAGCUUGCCGGGCUGCAGAGGUCAAAAUCUGGCUCGAGACCUCUGACGGAUUUAGCCUGAUCAAAGAGGCCUUCGACCAGACCAGCAGGUUUGCUCGCUUGGAAAAGCUGCUGGUUUGCUUAGCUGGCAGAAACCUGUACAUUCGCUUCCAGUCUCUGACCGGGGACGCCAUGGGCAUGAACAUGCUCUCCAAGGGGACUGAGCAGGCUCUGCACAGACUCCAGCAGCAGUAUCCAGACGUGGAGGUGCUGUCGGUCAGUGGCAACUACUGUACUGACAAGAAGUCUGCUGCCAUUAACUGGAUUCUGGGCCGGGGCAAGUCUGCCGUGUGUGAGGCCACCAUUCCGGCCCGGGUGGUCCAGGAGGUGCUGAAGAGCAGUACAGCUGCUCUGGUGGAGCUGAACAUUAAUAAGAACCUGGUGGGCUCAGCCAUGGCUGGCAGUAUAGGGGGAUUUAAUGCUCAUGCUGCCAACAUUGUAACAGCCAUCUACAUCGCCUGUGGACAGGACCCGGCUCAGACGGUGGGAAGCUCCAACUGUAUCACUCAGAUGGAACCUGCUGGUCCGGCGGGGGAGGACCUGUACAUGAGCUGCACGAUGCCCUCUAUAGAGCUGGGAACAGUGGGAGGAGGAACCAACCUGCCACCACAGCAGGCCUGUCUGCAGAUGCUUGGUGUUGAAGGUAGUAGUCCGGACCAGCCAGGUGAGAAUGCCCGUCAGCUGGCCCGUGUAGUUUGUGCCACCGUCCUGGCGGGGGAGCUCUCCCUGAUGGCAGCUCUAGCCGCCGGACACCUCGUCAAGAGCCACAUGACCCACAACAGAUCUAAAACAAGCCUAUCAGAGGUGCCUUCAACGUCAGUCAGCUGUGUGACAUUGAACGAUGGUCCAUCUGAGUGAAUGUGUCUUCAAAUGACGUGGUCCUGAAGUUAGCGCUGCAGGACGUCCUCAUAAAAGGACUGCUAACAAACAACCAACGCCUGCUUGCUUUCGUGUGCCACCCGACUGAUUGCAAGUUUUUUUUUUGUUUUUUGUUUUUUUUU